AUGGGCUCCGUCCGCGGCGGGUGCGGCUCCGGCGGCGGGCGGCGGACACUCGACCCGGCCGCGCGCGCCCCGCCCCACGCCCGUCCGUCAGCCCGGCGCGGCCUGCGAUUGACCGAGCGCGCCGGGCCCCGCCUCGUCCCGCCCCGGUUGGCCGAGAGGCCCGCCCGUCAGAGCCCCGGCCGGGCGGGGCUUCCGGGAGCAGUUCCGAGGGCGGUGCCGGCUCCGGCGGCCGGCGCGGGCCGAGGCCUUCGGGGCUGGCUGCUCGGAGCAUGGGCCCCGGGGGGUGGCAUCCCCGAGGGAGGCCCGGGGUUUCCUGGGAGCAGGCGGGCCUCGUGGGGAGAUAGAGACCCCGUGGCUAGGCGAGUCUGCGGCCUAGUGUGGACUGGGGCGGGGCGCUGCUCCCGGAGCCCCGCGCUGGACCCAGGGCACCCCCGCCGGGCACCGCUGCGCCUACCCCUCCCCCGGCCCGGGUCCGCGCCGCCCCACGCAGGGCCCGGAAAGGAGGCGACAGCCCGAGGGCUGAGUCUCAGGGACGCAGGAGCCCGCGUCGUCAGCCCCGCGGAUGCCCCUGACCUGAGGCCGCAGAAGGGCGGAGGGGCUGCCCAGACGAGGGUUAGGCUCAGGUGGCUCCGGGAGGGGCUCCUGGCAGCUUCCGCGGGGUCCUGGGAGCGGCUCGGCCUUGCGCCCUAG